AUGCUGCUGCUGCUGCAGCAGAAUAUGCUGCUGCUGCAGCAGCAGAAUCUCCCCCAGCCAGCUGACACCCCAACUCUAUCUCCAGUGCAUCCAUCUGCAGCAGCAGCAGCAGCAGCAGCAGCAGAUGAAGCAGCAGCAGAUGAAGCAGCAGCAGCAGCAGAUGCAGCAGCAGCAGAUGAAGCAGCAGCAGCAGAUGCAGCAGCAGCAGCAGAUGCAGCAGCAGCAGAUGAAGCAGCAGCAGCAGAUGCAGCAGCAGCAGCAGAUGAAGCAGCAGCAGCAGCAGAAGCAGCAGCAGAUGAAGCAGAUACAGUAGCAACAGCAACAGCAUCAGCAUAA